CAUUGCAUACGCUGACUGAACAGUACACUACACCUGUUACGUGGGCGCUCGACAAAGGCAGUUCUUUUAAAAUGAAGCAAGUCAUCCUCGCUCUCGUAUCGCUCUGCUUCUUCGACCUCAUUGCGCCACAGUGCGAGAAAGAAAACAUGGCGCAGAUAAUUUCUGAAGCUGACGCUGAAUGUAAUGCAAAGUACAGACAGCAAUACGGACUGACUACUGGAAAACACACAGAUUUGGUUUCCGAUACGACAAGAUGCUGCAUGUUGACUUACGGCAAGGACUGCGUUCCCUUACGACUCAGAGAAAAACGAUGCGAUCAACUGAUCUUUACACAUUUUAAGGAAAUGAGGAGCAAGCAAAUAGUGGCGGAAUGUGCAUCAUUGAACUUCAACUGCCCUCUUGCAGCAACGUGCGAUUCCACAACAAUAUCCGAGGCCAACAUUGACUGCUAUAAAAGAUUUGAAACUGAACACGGCAUUUCCCGAAAACCAACUGAUCCAAUUGAGCCAAUUGGGAAUAUAACCUUACUCUGUAGUAUGUUAAAAUACAACAAGUAUUGCGUUCCCAAACUCCUAGAAGACAAAGGAUGCCACCCCGCUGCUGCUAUACAGGCUGCGAUGGAGAUAGAGACAAGAUUGCAAAAUUGUCCAACAUUCAACCCGAUAUUCGUCCCUCCACCACAGUGCACGCAAGGUUUACCCGACGCCAAAUCCAUUUGCGAGUACAGAUAUAAAAAGGAACAUGGACCCAUAGCUCCAAAGCGUCGUGCAGACCUGCAACCGAGAGAUUCCGGCCGAGACAAGGUGCACAAAAAACGUUGCUGUCUAUUGCAAUACAGCAAGGAUUGUGUUCCGAUGAUACUCCAGAAAGAGUACCUAUGUAGUGAUCCAGGUUUUCUUGAGAUGUUCUUCGAGCAAAUACGAACUGAGUGUGGAACAUCCAAGUGGAACUGUACAGGUGUCCCUGCACCACAGUGCGAUGACGAACAAUUAUCCAACGCGAUGAAAAUUUGCGAAUACAAAUAUGCGGAGGAACACGGAGCCCUAGCUCCAAAACGUCGUGCAGACUCACAACCUAGGGAUUUGAACCCUGAUCAGGUGCACAAACUACAUUGCUGUCAAAUGGAAUACAACAAGGUUUGUGUUCCGCGAUUUCUCAAACAUUACGGAUGCAGUGAUCCAGAUUUUAUUGAAAUGUUCCUCGAGCAAGUACUCGCUGAAUGUGGAACAUCCAAGUGGGACUGCUUGCAGUGCAAUCAAAAAACUAUAUCCGAUGCCGAAGAUGUGUGCUUAAGGAAGUACGAACAGGAACAUGGCAUUAUUUCUAGAGGCCUGAUGUCCGGCAAUGACAAACGACUGUGCUGCACGUUGGACUACAAGAAGAAUUGUGUUCCAGAACAAUUAAAAGCUAAAGGAUGUGGUGAACAACUUCUUCAGAAUUAUGUUGCAAAGAUACAGCGUGAAAUGACAAACCAAUGUCCAGCAUCGAACUUGAUCUGUACCGUUUGCCCUCAAGGAUUACUAGACAGUGCAAAGAGUACCUGCUACAACAAUUACCAAAAUGAUCAAACUGCAUCCCAACUGCAUUGUUGUAUGAUCGAAUACAGCAGGACUUGUGUUCCGGAAAUACUCGCAAGACAAGGAUGCGAUGUGACGGUUCUUCUUGAGCGGUUCGUCAAGGACAUCAACGCUGAUUGUGGAACAUCGAAGCCAGUCUGCUUGGAGUGCAAUCAGAAAGCAAUAUCCGAUGCGGAAGAUGUGUGCUUGAGGAAAUACGUGCAGGAACACGGCAUCAUUUCUAGAGGCCUGCUGUCCAGCAAUGAAAAACGACUGUGCUGUAUGUUGGACUACAAGAAGAAUUGUGUUCCAGACCAAUUAAAACCAAAAGGAUGUGGUGAACUACUUCUUCAAAAUUAUGUUGCAAAGAUACAGAGUGAAAUGAGAUACCAAUGUGCAGCAUCGAACUCGAUGUGUACCGUUUGCCCACAAGGAUUAUUAGACAGUGCAAGGAGUACCUGCUACAACAAUUAUCAAAACGAUCAAACUGCAUCCAAACUCCAUUGUUGUGUGAUCGAAUACAGCAGGACUUGUGUUCCGGAAAUACUCGAAAGACAAAGAUGUGACGAGACGUUUCUUCUUGAGCAUUUCUUUAACGACAUCAACGCCGAGUGUGGAACAUCGAAGCCAGUCUGCUUGGAGUGCAAUCAAAAAGCAAUAUCAGAUGCGGAAGAUGUGUGCUUGAGGAAAUACGAACAGGAACACGGCAUCAUUUCUAGAGGCCUGAUGUCCGGCAACGACAAACGACUGUGCUGCAUGUUGGACUACAAGAAGAAUUGUGUUCCAGCCCAAUUAAAACCAAAAGGCUGUGGUGAACAACUUCUUCAAAAUUAUGUUGCAAAGAUGCAGAGCGAAAUGAGAUACCAAUGUGCAGCAUCGAAUCCGAUGUGUACCAUUUGCCCACAAGGAUUAUUAGACAGUGCAAAGAGUACCUGCUACAACAAUUAUCAAAACAAUCAAACUGCAUCCAAACUCCAUUGUUGUGUGACCGAAUACAGCAGGACUUGUGUUCCGGCAAUACUCGCAAGACCAGGAUGCGAUGAAACGUUUCUGCUUGACCAGUUCUUGAAGGACAUCAACGCCGACUGUGGAACAUCGAAGCCAGUCUGCUUGGAGUGCAAUCAAAAAGCAAUAUCAGAUGCGGAAGAUGUGUGCUUGAGGAAAUACGAACAGGAACACGGCAUCAUUUCUAGAGGCCUGAUGUCCGGCAACGACAAACGACUGUGCUGCAUGUUGGACUACAAGAAGAAUUGCGUUCCAGACCAAUUAAAACCAAAAGGCUGUGGUGAACAACUUCUUCAAAAUUAUGUUGCAAAGAUGCAGAGUGAAAUGAGAUACCAAUGUGCAGCAUCGAACUCGAUGUGUGCCAUCUGUCCUACAGGAUUACUAGACAGUGCAAAGAGUACGUGCUACAACAAUUACCAGAAGUUGCAAGACGCAUCCAAACUGCUUUGUUGUGUUAUGGAAUACAGCAAGACUUGUGUUCCGGAAAUACUCGAAAGACAAAGAUGCGAUGAGACGUUUGUUCUUGAGCGGUUCUUCAAGGACAUCAACGCUGACUGUGGAACAUCGAAGCCAGUCUGCGACGUUGCAUCAAAGUGCCCUAACAAAACGUUAUCACCUGCACAGACUGCCUGCGAAGAAAGCUUUAUCAAGGAACGCGGCCUUGUCCUUCCCCCCGAAUAUGUGAAUAAAGAGGCGAACAAAUGGUACUGCUGUAUGAUGCAGUACAGCGAGAAUUGUCUUCAGGACACGCUGAAAAAAGAAGGAUGCGAUUCCGAAGACUUUUUGCAGGGGUUCACUCGGAAAGUUGAGACUCAAUGUGGAACGUCCAAGUCGCUCUGCUCUGCUGAGUGUAAUAAAAACACGUUAUCCCAUGCACAGUCUGCGUGCAACGAUAGAUAUAUGCAGAACCAUGUGCUGAAUCCUGAAAAACCGGAAGCAUUGAGCCCGAAUACGCAGAAACAUCACUGCUGUAUGAUGGAAUACAGCAAGACUUGUCUACCGGAACUACUUAAACAACAAGGAUGUGACGACACAGGUUUCGUUCAGCUCUUCAUCCAACAAACAUAUAAAAUAUAUAGACAAUGUGGAACAUUUAAAUUGGACUGCGUCCCUCUACCGAAGUGCGACCCAAAAACAGUACCCAAUGCCGAGAAUGAUUGCGCCACAAAAUACAAGCAGUUGUACGGCCUUACAACGCGAAAACCUGACGAGAAGCAAAAGCCGGCAGGUCUGAGCCCCGAGAUUGACAAGCAGCGGUGCUGUUCCAUGGAAUACAGCAAGAAUUGCGUUACGGAAGUACUAAAGGACAAACGAUGCGGUGAUGAGAUCAGCGCAUCUUUUCUUGAGCAGAAAAAGAAGAUAAUGGCAAAUAUGUGUGGUACGUCGAAAUUGGACUGUGAAUUCGACAAAAGCAAGAGUGCUGGGUGCAUGAAGUAUCCAGCAUGGACUCUGGCAGCAGCCGUCAUUGUGCCUUCAGUGAUGAAGGUAGUGUGACGUCAGUUGUAGUGAAAAAGGGAUCUACUGGUUUCCAUUUCGCUUGUUCGGGCCGAUUAAUCACAAUAAAUAUGGUUGUGUGACCGA